GUUUGCGCUCUGGGCGAUCUUGGACUCUUGUUCCCGCCCUAAUUGCACAGCUGUUAAACCGCGAAACUGUGAGAAACAGUGAGAAACUUAGGUGCUGUUUAGGUGCCUAUCGUGAUGUAGCUCAUUGAUUGAGUUUCCCCCCAUUAUUUGACGAUCAUCUUCGAUACCAGAAACUUUUUCGCGGCAGGUUGCGUGAGCAACACGUGUAACUCAGAAAUGUCAUCUACUUCGCAUUUAGAGACUUCUUGUGAAUCUGGAAGUACGAGCGAAGAAGCUCAAGGCCCUCAGGAUAAUCGAAAGGGUUCGUGUGUCUCUAAGCCAAAAAUGGGAGAUCGUUUCAGUGUUCCACAGUUAGUAAGAGUGGGUUCUGUCAAAGAAAAUGAUGCAUUUUCUCGAAAAUGUCAGGGUUUGGACGGCGUCAAAAACCAUGAAGCUACUCCUUUAAGCGAAGUGCGUGAGGAAGUUAAAGCCAGAGAAUGCGAACACGAAGCUUCGUUUGACAAUUUAGCUGAUUGUGAAUCAGGUCUUCAGGUUAUACCAGCCGGAGACGGGCAGAAUAGGGAAACGUUUGCUGAAAAAGAAAAUAGUUUAGUUAACGGAAAUUCAAAAACAGAACAUGUAAGUAAAUCAAAGGAGGAACCGGGAAGCCUUGAAGAUAAUGAGGAACUAUUCACUGAGAGUUGUGACAGUAUCAGCUGCAUAACUACCACAAAUGUUUUUGAGAAUGAUCUUAAUCUGGUAAAAAAUAAGUCAGAUAUUGGAUGUAGAGAAAAGAAUGAAUAUGAGGUGCCGAAAAAUGAACAUAAUGUUGAUCCUAUUUGUAAUGAAACUAUUGACAGUGUUUCAGAUAAAUGUAGCCAGGAUAACAGUAAUGUAUCACCGGAAGUUGGAAAAACAAAUGGGAAUAAAGACAUUGAUAUUAUGUGCAUCGAUAAACAAACUAGUAAAAAAGAUAUGCCAUUUCAUUCUAAGUAUUGGAAUUCUUGCACGAGAGAAAAUAAUCUGCAUAAUGAAGCCCAAAACGAAAAUUCAAAAUCAGAAUAUGAAAGUGAAUCAAAGGAACUGGGAAGCCUUGAAGAUGAAGAGGAAGUAUCCACUGAGAGUUGUGACAGUAUCAGCUGCAUAACUACCACAAAUGUGUUUCAGAAUGAUUCUAAUCUGGUAAAAAAUAAGUCAAAUAUUGGAUGUAGAGCAGAGAAUGAAAAUGUGGAGCAGAAAAAUGAGCACUCUGUAGAUCCUAUUGGUAAUGAAGCUGUUGACAGGGUUUCAGAUAAAUGUAGCCAGGAUAACAGUAACGUAUCACCGGAAGUUGAAAAAACAAAUGGGAAGAGAGACAUUAACAUUAUGUGUAUUGAAAACAAAACUAGUAAAAAAGCAUUUCAUUCUCAGAAUUGGAAUUCUUGCGAGGGAGAAAAUAAUGGGAAUAAUGAAGUUGAUUCGGAAAGGCCUGAUAGUAUUGAAAUUACUCCUGUAAAGCAGGAAAACGAACAGAAUAAAACUCCCCCCAAUUUAAAAAAUGGAAAGGAGGGUGGAUCUGCAGAUACUGUCAUUGCUCCUAUUGAAGGUUCCUCUGAUAUUAUUCAUCAAUCUCCGGAUGGCCUAGAGCAACAAAUUGAUAAUGAACCAACGAACAAAAACUAUAUGAAAAAUGAAGGUCAAGAGCCUGCUAAAAUUAAUAUGGUUUCAAUAUCUGCAGAUAAAUUUCACAGUAAUCAUGAGCAUCACGAAAUGGGUGGAAUUGAUAACACAUGUCAACACAGUGAAAUUGAGAGCAAGUCUCCAUCUUCACAAGAUGUGAAAUGUGAACUCUCUCAUAGUGAAAGUGAUAUAAACAUUAAAAUGAGAUAUCAAGAAAAUGUAAACAAAGAACACCCUGGAAGGUUGCCUGUCCUUACUGAACUCAAUAUGGAACUAAGCCCAAAUUGUGCAAAAUUACUGACCAAGGAACAUAAUGGUUAUUCCUCUGACAACUCUUCAACCAAAAUGUCUCCUAUAUUUCAGCGAGGCUUAUUUCCUCGAAUUGCUAUAAGGGAUUCAGGUAGUCUUGCAUCAAAAAAAUUAAGAAAGCAAUUAUUUACAGAAAAAGAAAAGACAGAAAAAAGAGAUCUGCAAGAAAGAGAUAAGGUCUGUGAUUCCACAAAUGAUAUAAAAUUAAAAUGUGCACAAGUUAACCUUGUGAAAAUGAAUGCACGUAUGUUGUCAAAAUAUAAUGUACAUUUUCCUUCUCCCCACUUGGGUGGUUCCGAAGGUAGAAAAUUAAACUGUGUUUCAUUAUCGUGCGAUGGAAAAUCAUCGGCCAAUGAAAAAAGAAAUAAUUUGGAUCACAAAAAAGGAUGUCAGGUUGACAGUGCAAAAUCCUUGGGAGGUCAACAUAAAAGAAAUGCCAAGUUUUCCCCUGAUAAAGAUACUGAUCAAAUUGUUGAAAGGAGUAUAUCUGUGUGUAUCUUUGAUAAUACAUUGUGUUCUCAACCUCCGGUGAAGAGCAGGAAAGCUAAUUCAAGAGCAAGCUGUGGUAAAUCGUCUCUGGAAAUCAUUUCAAAUAAUCUAAAAGGAAGUGAUAAUACUUUACAUGUUGGUAUGGAAAUUAAAAGAGAGUCCAAAAAAAGAGACUCUACACUUGCAUUCACUCCUACAAAAAAGCAAAAGCAAUCAGAAAUGAAGGUGGCAAGAGUUAAUAUUAUGAAAAUUGAUGAUUUACUUCUUUUGAAAUAUGGAUAUGAUUCUAAGGGUUUGAAAAUUGAUACACAUUCACCAUCAGUCAGUUCUUUUAAAGGCAACUCUUUAAAAACAAUUGAAAAUAAUGUUUUGAAUAGUCCAGUUCAUUCAAUUCAUACAGCAUCCUUGGAGUCCUUGAAAGAUGAUAAAAAAGAAAUGAAUGAUGCCAUCAAAAAAUCUAUGACUAUGCAUCAAAGUACUAACUCUCAAAAUGCCAGAAAAAGCUUGAAUAUUAAAGAUGUAACUUUGUCCAACCGUGUUGUGUCAAAGAACACCUUUGGCACAGAAAAAAUGACCGCAAAAACUAAAUGUUCUCUUGGAAAGGGGAGUGGGAAUUUCAAAAUACCUCAAGUUCUUAUAAAGAGAAUCAACAAAGAAUCUCUUUUUAAUGAUAUUUUAUCAAAAAAAUCUUGUGAUUUGAAUUGUUCUAAAAAAAGUUUUAAAGUAAAAGGUUCUUUCAAAAAGACUGAGUUGGAUGGGAAAAUUCCCCAGACAAUUGUGAAGAGAAAAGAAAAUGCUGCUCUUUCUGGUCCGAUUUUAAUUAAGAGAUCUCAGAGUAAAACUAAGACAAUAACUAAAAAGAAAAAUUCUAUUAAGGAUAAGUAUAAAUUGAAAACUGCUCAAGUAAUCUUGAAAAAUAUAAACAAUUCACCCCUUUCAAGUUAUAUUUUGUCAGAGUACUUACCGACUAAAAGAGAGAGCAGUGUUAGUGUUUCAAAAACAAAAUUCCACAUUCAAUCGACAGAAAUUCUGCAGAAGAGAUCAUUACCAAAGAAACAAAUUAUCUCUCAGUCUAAGAACUAUGAAGGUGUCGAUAGUCAAAAUGAAGUGGCCAACAAAGCAAGUUUGUGCAAAGGGGAUGCAGAGGACAAUUCCAAAGAAAACUUGUGUCUUAAUGGUGAUUUAAAGCGCUUGAAAGAUGUGACCGUAAAUUUGUAUAAACUUGAGACUAUGUUUCGGCCAAAGGUUUGAUUGUCUAAACAUGUGUUGACUUCAUAGUGUGCUUGUGUUGAAAGUUGUUACUUUUUUGUUGAGAAGUAUUUAAUCAUUAAUGAUGGCUUGUGCAUAUUAUUUUUUUCAAUUGUGUAUAUUUUAAAUCGAGAAUACUGUUGACUUGAAAAAUUAUAUUUUGCAAGUAAUGUUUUAAGAUGUUCCUUUAUAGUUUUGGUAAUAACAAAAGUUACUUCGAACUCUUCAGUAAUAUUGCACAUCGUCCAAAAUGUUGGUAACAUUUAGUUUCCUGAAGCAAUUUCCUGCCACAUUGUAAAGGAAAUUAUACAUUUUGAAAGUUUAAAGGAGUGUUUGCUCUUAAUGCAGAAAUUGAACAGAAAUGAUGUACCUUGCAUGUUGCAUAUAUUUGUAUUUUGUUAUUAUCCGUGGUCUACAUAUUACUUUACAAACCAUUUGUUAUUAUUUUGUACUGCUGAAUUAUUUAAUGUGUGACAAUGUUGAAUAACAACUAAAAAGUUAUCUCGAAAGAGACUUUUAAAUUACUUAACUUGUCACAAUUAUAUCAAAUGUACCUUACUAAUAUUAUUUUUUUGAAAGUGGAUAUUCCUAAAAUCUAGAAGACUUUUUUAAUUCCAUAAUUCAUUGUCCAUCAUGAAUGUAGAAAAAUGUUCAUGGAGAGGUAAAGCAUUUAAUGUCAAUGAACAAAGGCAUUUGUUCACAAUUUUUUUUACCAGCAUAUGCCAAAUUAUUUUCAGUAGUGUUAAUUCAGAAUUGCACUAUUCUGUUGUAGUUUUAGUGUCUGUCAUGAUGUAAUUUUGUUAUUUUUUGCUUUAAGAUUACUUCAACGAAAUGAUUAGAUCAGCAGCUUUGCUUUUGAAGGAGAAAGACGACUGUACUAAUAUAUUUAAAAAGUAACAACGUUACUGAUGUGAAUAUAAGACUAGGUCUCCCAUGCUUAUUUCACAUAGCUUUGGGAUUUUUACAAGUUAAAAGUUUUGUUAUGUUAUUAUUUGAUUAUUUCUUCUUGUUCUCUAGUCAUAAGCUUGGUUGCAUUUAGUGUAUUGUAAAAUAAUAAUUUUGCGUUUGGUUAUAUUUCUGUUUUUGAAAUAAAUGUGAAAUUUUCAGCAUUUACAGCUAAUUUGCUUUGUGUUUUAUUUUUUAAAUGUGUAAGUUGAGUAUAUUUUUAAAGGUGAAAUUGUUAAAAUGUUAAGACCAUUUGUACGAUUUUAAUACUUGUAAAACUUGAAACAUGCUGAUAAAGUUUGCAAAUGUUAUUGUCAUCAUUUCUAAUAAAAUUUGAUACCUGCACACAUGUUUCGCUUGUAAUAAGUAGUGGCUGGAAGUUUACCAAAAUGCCUUUUUCCUAUUGUUACUAUUUUUGUUUUUUAACAACAGGAAUAACUUAAAUGUACUUCUGGGGUUCUUUGAGUAGAUUUUUAUCUUGCCUUUUUCUUCAUUAUUUUAUUUUUUCUCCUGACAUUCAUCGCGCACAAGUUGUAUAUACUAUAUCUGCAAGCCUGGAGAACUCGAAGGCACAGUUGUGUUUUGCCUUUGUGUGGAAGCAGACGCUGUGAUCAAAAUCUAAAUGAAAAAGCAAGAUGAUGGCAAUCAUGAUCUUUGAUUUUUUCAUUGAUGUCAUCAGGCAUUGUUUGCCCAUGAGCAAUCCUAUUC